GUUUUGUGGUUGAGAAUUGUUAUUACGCAAUAAGAAAAAAAUAUUGUGAUCUAUAUUAAUUCUAUCUGUUUUGGAUAUGGAAGUAUAAUUAUUUUGUUUUGCACUAUUUUUUGAGCUUUUGGAAUUUCUUUGUUUCCAAAUCUCUUUAGAAAUUUUGGAACUGAUUCGUGCAAUUAUUGAUGUGAGUUAAAUUUGGAUUUUGGAGUAUAGUUUGUAUAUACUUGAAUUAUGUUCGAACUUGCUACUGUAGUUGAUCUCAAAUUCUCAAUGAUUGGAUUGAAGUGUUCUGAGCAUCUUUGAACUGAAUUCAUGCAAUUAUAGCUGUUGCCAACUUGAACAUUGAUACUUGGUAUUUGUUUUCGAGUCGAAUUCGAGGCUGAGCUUGUGUGUAGGUUUGUUUAUAAGUUGUUUGAAUGUUGCAGAAUUGGAGAAGCAUGUAUAAUUGUAUAUAGAAGCAUAUUGUGAAAGUUGCUGUCCAUUGCCACUAUAGUUGCUGGUUUUCCAUUGUCCUUUGGUAUUUAUUUUGGACUUUCGGUCUUUCGCGAUUGUGCUGAGGAAGUUGGGGCUACUACAGCAGCUUAUACACCAUUCAAGAGGGGUAUUGAGAUUGUUAGGUACUAGUACUUGCUGAGGAAGUUGGGGCAGCAACAACAUCUUAUACACAAUUCAAGAGGGGUAUUAAGAUUGUUAGGUACUAGUACUAAUCAAUGGCUUCGGUUAAUGAGGAUACCGAGAAUAAAGGGAGUAUGUGGGAUUUGGAUCAGACCCUCGAUCAGCCCAUGGAUGAAGAGGCAGGAAAGCUUAAGAAUGCAUACCGAGAAAAGAAAUUUUCAACGCUAGUGCUUCUACGGUUGGCAUUCCAAAGUCUUGGGGUAGUGUAUGGAGACUUGGGCACAUCCCCGUUGUAUGUUUUCUACAAUACAUUUCCGCAUGGAGUGAAACAUCAUGAUGACGUGAUCGGUGCACUUUCGUUGAUAAUAUACUCCCUCACCCUUGUCCCACUGUUGAAGUAUGUUUUCAUUGUCUGCAGAGCAAAUGAUAAUGGUCAAGGGGGUACAUUUGCUCUUUAUUCAUUGCUAUGUAGACAUGCUGAUGUAAAUACAAUUCCGAACCGGCAUAGAACAGAUGAAGAUUUAACUACAUAUAGUCGCUUUAAGCUCCAAGAAAAAUCAUUUGCCUCAAAAACCAGGCAAUGGCUAGAGAAAUAUUCAUCCAGAAAAAAUACUCUACUUCUCCUUGUUCUUGUUGGUACUUGCAUGGUAAUUGGAGAUGGAAUCCUCACUCCAGCAAUAUCAGUUCUUUCAGCUUCUGGUGGGAUUAAGGUUGCCCACCCCAAUUUGAGUAACGAUGUGGUUGUGCUUGUUGCUGUUGUGAUACUGGUGGGUUUGUUCAGCUUGCAACAUUAUGGUACUGAUAAAGUUGGGUGGCUUUUUGCACCAAUUGUGCUACUCUGGUUUCUCAUGAUUGGAGGCAUUGGUGCAUUCAACAUAUGGAAAUAUGAUAGCAGUGUACUGAAAGCUUUUUCUCCAGUCUAUCUGUAUCGCUAUCUCAAAGGAGGGGGAAAAGAUGGAUGGACCUCUUUAGGAGGAAUCAUGUUAAGUAUAACUGGGACAGAAGCACUGUUUGCUGACUUGGCUCACUUUCCGGUGUUGGCUGUACAAAUAGCAUUCACAGUAAUUGUAUUCCCCUGCCUUCUUCUAGCAUAUUCAGGACAAGCUGCUUAUCUAGUAAAUCAUCAAGACCAUGUGGUAGAUGCAUUCUAUCACUCAAUACCAGAUAGCAUCUACUGGCCAGUCUUCGUCAUAGCAACUUUGGCCGCCAUCGUUGCAAGUCAGGCAACCAUAUCUGCAACGUUUUCAAUUAUAAAGCAGGCUCUUGCUUUAGGAUGUUUUCCAAGAGUUAAAGUAGUACACACUUCCAAGAAAUUUCUCGGGCAAGUAUACAUUCCAGAUAUCAACUGGAUUCUUAUGGUCCUUUGCAUAGCUGUAACUGCUGGAUUUAGGAACCAAAAUCAGAUUGGAAAUGCUUAUGGUACAGCAGUUGUGAUAGUCAUGUUAGCCACCACAUUCCUCAUGAUUCUAAUCAUGUUGCUGGUUUGGCGGUGGCACUGGAUACUCGUCUUGAUCUUCACUGCUUUGUCAUUACUGGUGGAAUUAACCUACUUCUCAGCUGUUCUCUUCAAAAUUGAUCAAGGUGGAUGGGUCCCCCUUGUCAUUGCAGCUGCCUUUCUCAUUGUCAUGGUGGUUUGGCACUAUGGAACUGUGAAGCGCUAUGAGUUUGAAAUGCAUAGUAAGGUCUCGAUGGCUUGGAUUCUUGGCCUUGGCCCUAGCUUAGGGUUGGUAAGGGUACCAGGAAUUGGACUUGUGUACACCGAGCUAGCCAGUGGUGUCCCCAGUAUUUUUUCUCACUUCAUCACCAACUUGCCGGCCAUCCAUUCAGUAGUUGUUUUUGUAUGUGUAAAAUACCUUCCAGUGUAUACAGUCACAGAAGAUGAGAGAUUUCUUGUGAAGCGGAUUGGACCUAAGAACUUCCAUAUGUUCCGUUGUGUUGCGAGGUAUGGUUACAAGGAUCUCCAUAAGAAAGAUGAUGAUUUUGAGAAGAAGCUCUUUCAUAAUCUCUUCACGUUUGUUCGCCUUGAGUCUAUGAUGGAGGGGUGUACUGAUUCUGAAGAGUACAGCAGUAUAUAUGGUCAGCAAACAGCUGAGUCUAGAGACUGCCUGUUGGAUAAUGGCACAACAAUAAUGACUGAAUUCGAGCACACAAUUGAAUCAGGAGAUUCCAUUAUGCCUGUCAAUUCUCCUUUGCGACUACUACAAUUUAGGCCAAGGUCGUCCGGGCAGACUAGCAGCCAAAAUGAAAUUGAUGAAUUGGAGUUCUUGAAUAGUUGUAGAGAUGCUGGGGUGGUGCAUAUAUUGGGCAACACUGUGGUGAAAGCAAGAAAAGAUUCAAGGUUGUAUAAAAAGAUUGCUGUUGAUUAUAUUUAUGCGUUUCUUAGGAAGAUUUGUAGAGAGCAUAGCGUGAUCUUUAAUGUCCCGCAUGAGAGUCUGUUAAACGUUGGUCAGGUAUUUUAUGUAUAACAUUAUUCAAUUUCAUCAAUAAGGGAAAAAAAGUAAUAAUUUUUUUGUCAUCAA